AUGGACGUUAUUCCAGGUCACUUCGUGACGUCGUCGAAAGGUGGCAGCCUUAUCUUAGUCGGCGAAGGUGAUGGAUGCCUGCAUUUGGUGAUAGCGUCAGUGACUUCUGAAGCGCUCGUGCAAAACGAGUCCGAUGACGAUGUCAUCGAAGUAGUUAGGGAUGAGGCACCGAUCGAAAUAUUAUCGGACGGCGAAGAGAUGGAAGCUGAGAAAUCUAAAGUGAACGUUACACAUGAGUUCCAUUUUGCAGACCUGGCAGGUGCGGAGAAUAUGCAAGAUACAAACGAGUGUACUAACCUGGAUCCUCUUACGAACAGUUCCAUUGAUGAAGACCGCCCUGUAAACGUUACAGAAUGUAAUGAAACGACCACCCCUGCUCCAGAGUCAUUCAAAGACAACGCCGUGGGUGACCAGGAGAGUGAGUUAACAGUGGCGGAACUCGUCUGGACAACGCCAAACAGCAACUACAAGGGCGCUGCGAUUUUAGGUUUAGGCAGCGGCGCGACGCUGGUCGAGAAGGACGGCCGCAGCGUUCUGAUGAUCGGCGGCAACCGCUUCAUGAGGCACUACAUCAGCCGGCACGGGCGCACGCGGUGGCGCUGCUGCAGGUCGUUCAACAGGUGCCGCGCCAUCGCGAUCACCUGGCAGAACAGGAUCGUCAAGCUCAACAACCAGCACAACCAC